AUGGUCUCCCCAAGCACGGUACUUUCUCGUGUGCUCGCACUUGGCCUUGUGGGCUCGAGUCUUGCAAACAACACUAUUGUGACCUCCUAUAUCUACAGCCCCGGGUUGAACCUGACGGUUUCGAUGGAUGUGGUGAAUGCCGACUACGCGUAUCUCUACGACAACACAACCACCAACGAGGACCUUACCAAGCACACCGACAUCACCACCACGGUCUCCGCGUACACAGUGGCCAAGGUCACUUCCGAAGUCAUCAUCACCGCCGCUUCCGCGAUCACGAUCUACGAGUUCAUCGCCGGGGUGAUCAAAUCCAAGUCUGAUGCCAACUCCUGCACCAUCACCUACGGCACCGACUCGGAUGGCAGCCACACCGAGGGUUAUGCCUACAAAGCCUCCACCACCGGCAGCAACUGCGACACGACUGCGGAGCUGAAAACGAUUCGUUCUGCGACGGAAAAGUGUGCCACCACCCUCAGUACCAUGGGCGCCGUGCGCGGCUGCUGUACCAUGACCCAUGAAGGCACUUGGGAGGGCCAUCUCCGCUUGUCGGGGGAUCCGACCAGUUAUCCUGUGACGACCGUGACAUGUUCAAUGGAAGAUUGGAACCAGAAGAUGAAAAAGAUGAGAUAA